UCAGCCAGAGAGUCACCUAAGCUUGUCCGAGACAGCCUUUCUUGCCAGCUGAAGUAAUCGAUCGUUCAUCGUCCUGUCGUUGCACGCGCUUCCACCAAGGCUGAACUGUGUACCCUGCGGCUGACCACGAAAAGAUAGGGUCAAUGGUUUAAUGGGUUCUCUAUGAUUCAUCUAUUAAGUUUAGACGGUCGUAUGUUAGCCGCACACCGCGUGCGCAUCGCAGUUCCAGAACGCAAGCAGCCGUUAUGGCACUACCCAGGCCGCACAAUGGCGGUUCCAACAGGGUGCUUUCCCCAGCGGUAGACUUCACGCAAAGAACGUCCAGCCGGCUGCCAACAAGGACUGCUGUUUCGACGUCGUCAUCCACCCUCGCGACCGCCUCGCCCUCGAAGCUGGUCAAGAAGAGAACUCACGUCAAGCAAGGCGCUGAGGUGCCAAGCGUGAACUCGAAAUCCCCUCCUGUCGACGGUAUUCGUCGACUGGCUGGCCAAGAAUUGCGCAAGGAGCUUGAACAGCCUGCAUCACGUUCUCGGUCGAAACACCCGAGUGCUUCCCGACCAGGAGUCAGUUCUCGUUCAACAUCUCGGGCUCAGAUUUCUGAGCCGGCACGAACUCCUUCUCUAGUCUCAGGUUCAUCAGCCUCCACGACAGACAGCCCAAGAUCACGGCGGCUGAGACGGAAACAUUCGAAUGUCGGCAAGCAGAAUCAACGAGCCUCGCCGGACUCAUUGUCGUCACGGGAAGCCAUGGAUCGCCCUGACCAAGUGUACAAAGAUCCCUAUCCCGACGCUGUUUUGGGGAUCGCCAUGCCACCUGUGUCUCCUCCACAGUCACCCAGGGACUCUUCGGAUGAUAUCAUCAACCUGAAUCGAUAUGUUUUAGCAGCGCCCGGACUAAGCGCGAGCGAUCUACCCCAUCCAACGCCUCUCUAUGCCUUGUCGUCCACUCCCUCCACCGGGUAUUCACCAGGUCCAUUCAGCAUCAGUUCCACCCCGACGUCUAUGUCAUCGGCGUCCCCGACCGUCUUGUCGUCCGCACCAUCUGGAGCAAAACAAGCUAGUCCGAACCGCAGCCGUCCCCUGGUUGCUCGCGCAGUCACUGGAGAGCAGAGAGAGCCCACUGCGACACGUAGUCUCGCACCCGUUCGAGAGUCGUCGUCAUCAUCUACAUCAACCCUUCGUGGUGGAGAAGCCAACCGAUCCAAACCUACCUCCAAGUUCAAACCAUUGCCUGCUACUGCCCCAAGUCCUCCGCCUCAGCUUCCCACUUCGCCCCAUCACAGGAGGGGCAGCUCUGAUACAAAGUCAAUGCGCGAUGAAGCCUCCUCCGUUGCAAAGGAACAAAUCAUGCCUGAAUUCGCCCAUCUUGUUGACUCUUCGCCUCGGAAAAACUCGCACGGUGGCCCAGUCCCUCUUCGUCCAAGCAGAGAUGGAGCACCGGAGUUCAUUUUGCAGGAGAAAUCUGCUGUGGUGCAAAGUAACAUGACAAGCUUGCCAAUUGCAAUGCACAAGCGACAGUCAUCCGCCGAAAGCAAACGCGCCGUAGGAUCACUCUCGAUUGACACCGGCAGAUCACGCUUUGGGCUUCCUAGAGCCAGAACUGUGUCACCAAGUCCCAGUCAUAGCUCAACAAUGUCGCCGAGAACUACGGCUCCAUCUCGAGGCUUUACGCCCGAUGUUUUGAGUGAGAACGAAAGCGUGUCAAAGACGAAACCUUCGCCAUCUCUCAGCUCGAAGUCCUUUUCUCGAUUUGGCUUCUUCUCCAAAAAGAACAAGAAUGAGCAAGGAACUUUGAACGCAUCAAAAGAGAAGAAGGCAAGAAAGGGUCCGGCUGCCGGAACCGGCCACGAGGGGUAUGGACGAUUUGCCUUUGGUGGUCGGAGUGGUAGCACGACGAGCAGCUCUCGUGCUCCUAGCAUCGGUCGAUCCCCUAGCGCCGAUAGUGCCAUUGGGACAGGACCCAUAUACAGUCGCAAGAGCAGCUUUGGAAGCAAGAAUGGAUCGAGUUCCGACUUUGAAGACUUCCUGGCAGAGCGCGAGAAGCCAAUUCCCAUUCGUGGCGGGCAAGUUUCACGACCCGCCGUGGAGAGAAGCCAGUCAGAGGUAUCGCAAACGUCUGAAGAUGCGACACGAGGUGUCCAAUUUGUGGCCCCGUCUUGGAAUUCUUCUGCCAGCUCCCUCGAGCCUCCCAAACGACCGACGCUCUUACCAUCGCCCAUGUCUGACCCUCUGAUUUCAAGCUUAUCUGUGAAGCAUGACACUUCGGCAAAGGCGCAGAAAGAAGGCAAGGGCUCUUCAGCACCCCUAUCGAGCAUCGGCUCCCGGAGAGCCUCUCGGAAAUCCUUUCUGGGUAGCAAAGCACUUGCUACUGUUCAAAGAGCGGGCAUAUAUUCGAACAAUCAAAAUCGGACAGGAAGCCAGUCGUCGGAUUUGAGACAACUCACGGGUAAUGAUUCGGAAGCCGAUCUAGACAAUGUUGGAAACAGUGUCAGCGAGCCUCCUCCGACCGUGAAGCAAUCAAGCAAGCUGAGUUUCUUUCAGCGUUCCAAAUCACCCGGUCGACUGGCCACACCAGCGCCAGGGAGCGAUCAGGCUCACAUACCUCGUCCAUCGACCGGCCAGAGAUACAUUGCCCCAUAUGCUAUGCUCGGAUCAUCAGGGAAAAUAGACGCAUCUGAACUUGAGAAAAUCAUGCAAGAAGCUGAAGGCAGCACGCCAGAAGAUGGUUCAAAUUCAGAAACCGAAAUGAAGCUUCGUGUUCGGAGAGCAGGUAAGGCGGUCCCACGGCAUGGCAACUCUAUACUUCUCCCGGAGCCACCCCGAUUGCAUUCAGCCUACGCUGGCUCGGCAAAAACUGCGUCUCCAAAGGUAGUGCUCAAGCCGGGAGUCAAUCGGCUACCCGAACCUCAGCAGCCGUUGCCCAAAUUACCGACAGAACAUUCGAACCUCUUUACGUCGACGCCUGUCUCUCGUCAGCCACGACCGACCCGCCUGGCUCCAGUCGGUCGUAUACCACGUGUGGUUCCGAACCAUGACCGAGAGCGAAAGCUACCUGAUAACUCCUUCUCGAGACCGUUUCAACCAACCCAGCCUUCUCCUGCAUUCAGGAAUGGCUCAUUUUCCCCCGGCAUGUCGAGUCCUGAGAGUGUGCAAGCAAAUUUUUCGACUCUGUCGGACCUUGCUUUGGCAUCAGCAACGAAAGGGAUCCAGACGCCGUCCGAAAAUCUUGCUUUCAGCCCUCCUUCGGGCUUCAUGUCAUUCCAGCCACGGAAAAACUCCGAGCAGUCAACCAGCUCCAGUAACUCUGCUUUUCUUAACAUCAUGGCAACCACGGCGGUCAUACCUGCUCCCGAUGCGCCAUUUUCUGACGACGAGGUAUGGGACGAGUACAAUGACAUCGACGAGAUGCUUUUGGGUAGCUCUUCGAAGACGCCAAAGACUCCAAAGACGCCCAUGACCGGAUCCUCACUUGGUGCCCCUUUCCACUAUGCCGAUUUCUCUCCAAAAGAUGCUGCGCAUGUUCACAGGCCAUCAACUGCGCCUGCCGAUCAAGCUGCCGAGAGCUCACCAAGCGUACCAAGAGCACCAACGCUAGCCUCUAUUGCUCAGCAAAUACGUAUUCCAUCUAUACACGAUUCGCGUGUUGUAUCCUCGCUCUCAUCCGCCGGCACGCCUCACUCACCAUUCCGAAUGUCUGACUUCGUUGGCAGCUACGGAGAACGAAAUCUGAGCAUCAUCGAUCCCUCCAGCGGACGCCUUAGCACGAGCACGAAUGGAAGAUACAGCCUUCCCGCCACGAUUCGUCCACAAUCGUUGCAGAAAGGUGCAACACCGUCGUCGACAAAGCAUACAACUUCCAGGCCUGCCUCGUCUGGUCGAGAUAGUAGGGCUAUGGAGCGAGCAGAGACAGAAUACAUGGGCUUUGAGAACCUUGCCAACCUGCGCUUUGGAGCUCUCAUGACAAGCAAAUGGCUGUCCUUUGGACGUGUGCUCUUCAGCCCGGCUCAUCUAGAACUGAACACCCGUGUUGAGAAUCGCGUCCUUAUUCUCGACGGCUUGGGCAAAGAUUGGUCGUUUUAUGUCGCUCUCAAUUAUCCAAACGCAUCGGUCUACAACCUCGGAACGGACCCGGCAGAGACUUCGGAGCGCUCCCCAGACACCGCAAGUCCGAUUCAGUCGUUGCCGAACCAUCGGCAUAUCCACCAUCCAUCAUUACGCGACCCAUUCCCGUUUCCAAAGGGCUUCUUUGCCGCAGUCGUGUUCCGCUUCCCUGUUGCCUCGCCUGAGUCGACCUACAAGAGUGCUAUCUUUGAAUGCAAGCGUGUCCUUCGUCCUGGAGGAUACCUUGAGAUCAGCGCGUUAGACAUGGACAUGAUGAACAUGGGCUCACGAGCACGCGCCGCUCUUCGGGGUCUUAAGACUCGAAUUCAGGCAGAGGACUCAAGCAUCAGCCUCAAGCCACUCAGCGAUACUUUCCAGCGCCUGCUUUACCGACGCGGCUUCGAGAACCUCAAUCGAUGCAUCGUUGGCAUUCCGGCGGCUGGACGUAUUCCUGGUUCGCGUGAUGAGAACGGCGAGGAACCUAACAGCGCCAGCGUUGAGAGCAGCAACGGCUCGAGCAGUAAGAAGAUGGAUGAAGACUUGCCAUCUUUCGGUGACCUUUUCUUGUCGCAGGGUCAAGCUGGCGACGAGGGAGUUACAAAGAUGGUCUCCAAAGUCGGCAGAUGGUGGUACUCGCGUUGCUACGAAAGUCUCAUCUUGCCCGAUGGCGACCUAACGAAGAGCAUCUGGAUGGAUGACUCGCUCGUCCGCGAGUGCGAGAAGAACAGCACCAAUCUCAAACUGAUGAUCUGCUACGCGCAGAAACCGGAUUGCCCAGUGCGCAGAACAAUCAGCGUCUAGUUGGCGCGCGCAAACAUCCUCCUCAUUUUCCAGCCAAUUCCCCCCCCCC